AUGGACCGAGUUUCGAUCACACUGUCGCCCACGGCCAUCCUUGCCGUCGCCAUUCUCACCUCAUAUCUUCUAUGGAGAACUUUCCGCAAGUCCCAGUCUCUCCCUCUCCCGCCAGGCCCUAAAGGACUCCCGAUCGUGGGAAAUCUAUACGACCUCCCACCGGAAGGGUCUGUGGAUUUUCUCGAAUUUGCAAAGCACCGGGACUUGUAUGGUCCUAUCAGCUCUCUAAAAGUGGUUGGCACCACUAUCAUCCUCCUCAACGACAAGCAGUGUGCAGUGGACAUACUGGACAAAGAGUCCGCCAAGACUGCCUCUCGGCCGGAGUCGACCUUUGCCUACGAAUAUGCCGGGUUCAAAAAGUCGCUCGCCUUGACACGCGACAGGAGACUUUUCAGGGAGUACCGCAAAGUCAUGGCCAAGGUGCUCGGGUCGCGGAAUGCCGUCAUGAAAUUCCAUCCGCAGCAAGAACUGGAAGCCCAGAAGUUUUUGCUGCGGCUGCUCAAGGAUCCUGAACAUUACCCAGAACAUCUUCGAAGAGAGGCAGGAGCCUUUAUUCUCAAAGUCACCUAUGGCUAUUCCAUCAUCCCCGAAGGGAUUGAUCCGCUGGUCACAUUGUCCGAGUCGCUUCUCGAAAGGUUUGUCUACGCCACCGCACCAGGAAAGUGGCUGGUCGACUUGAUUCCCCAGGUGCAAUAUAUACCCGAGUGGUUUCCCGGAGGCGGAUACAAGAAGAGCGGUCGCAAAGUCGAGGCCGUGGUGCAAGAAGUGAUUGAGAAGCCAUUGGCCUUUACCAUCCACCAGAGAAAACAGAACAAGCACGUGCCGUCGUACGCGUCCGAUCUUCUGGACGAUAACGAGCCUCACGACAUGGUGUCAUGGACUUCCAUGGGCAUGUAUAUUGCUGGUGCUGACACGACCGUCGCUUCGCUCAAAGGCUUCCUCCUCGCCAUGAUCCUCUUCCCCUCCGCGCAGCGCAAAGCCCAAGACGAAAUCGACCGUGUCGUCGGCCGGGACCGGCUCCCCCUCCUGUCCGACCGCGACAACCUGCCCUACAUCAACGCCAUGGUGAAGGAAGUCAUGCGCUGGCACACGCCGGGCCCGAUCGCCCUGCCACACAGGGCCGAUGAAGACAUCAUCUACAGGGGCUACUUGAUUCCCAAAGGUGCCACUAUCAUGGUCAAUGCCUGGUUAUACAACAACGAUCCGAGUUACUACGCCGACCCCCGCAAAUUCUCACCCGAGAGAUUCCUCAAAGACGAGAACCACGAGCCGGAAACCGACCCGACCGAGAACAUCUUCGGCUGGGGCCGCCGCAUCUGCCCCGGCCGCCUGGUCGCCGACAGCGCCGUGUUCGUGACCAUGGCCCAGACUCUCGCCGCCUACACCAUCAGCAAGCCCAUCGGGCCGGACGGCAAACCAGUCGAGCCGGUGGUCGACUAUAUCCCGGGCAUUGUGGCGCAUCUUCGCCCCUUUGGCAUCGACUUCAAGCUGCGUGAUCCGAAAUACGAAGACAUCAUCCGCACGGUCGAGAAGGAGGAUUCUUUUGAUUCGGGUGAUGCUGAGAUUCUUGCAAAGGUCAAAUACUAG